AUGUUUAUUCCUUUGCCAAACGGCACAACCUCGUUCUGGAGGACUGAGCCUGAUGAGCUUGACAACCAUCGUUCAAGCAAAUCGCUUCCAGAUUCCUGUGAUAUUGUCGUGAUUGGUGCUGGAUAUGCUGGAGUCUCUGUUGUUCAUCAUAUCCUCGGCAGAGGUAAUGGCAAAGCCACACCGUCGAUUUUGAUACUCGAAGCACGGCAAGCGUGUUCCGGAGCUACUGGUCGAAACGGUGGCCACAUGAAGCCAGAUCCAUACAACUCGAUCAGCAGGUUGGCUGGUGAGCACGGCAUUGAAGCUGCUUCCGAGGUCGCCGAGUUCGAGGCUAGACAUGUGACUGCCAUUAAAGACCUGAUCGAUCAUGAAGGCAUCAAAUGCGACUAUGUACUCACUAAGGCUAUGGAUGUACAACUCAGCGCGGAUCACUGCAAAGCUAUGAAAGCCCAGUACGAUCGCCUCACUGAUGGUGGCUGUCGACCCACCCAGGAGACUGAGUACGUCGAAAAGAAAGAUGCUGUUAUUGGGGCACAAGGAUGUUUCGUCUAUGCUGCAGGGCAUAUGUGGCCUUACAAGUUCGUGCUACAUCUUUUAAGGCGGGCUCUCGACAGUGGUCAUGUCAAUCUCCAAACUCACACACCCGUCACCAGCGUGGUAAGGAGUAUGAAGAAUCAUGGUUCUCACCCAUGGAUCGUGACAACGCCGCGUGGGUCGGCGGCUGCUAGGAAGAUCGUCUACGCUACCAACGGUUAUACACCUUCGCUACUCCCACAAUUUGCAGAUGUCAUAGUCCCUGUCCGAGGAACAUGCAGUCGAAUUGUUGUCCCGAAGCAUUCUACCGCUCCCCGGCUCAACAAUACCUAUACCAUUUGCUGGAACAGCUGGGACUACGACUACCUGGUGCCGCGGGGCGAUGGCAGCAUCAUAGUGGGAGGAGCGCGUUCAUCGUUCGUGCACCAAAUAGGAGAUUGGUACAAUAUAAUUGAUGAUGGGCACGUAUUGGAGUCUGCCGCUAAGUACUUUGAGAAUUAA